UCAUCCAUUCAUAUCAUAUAUAUAUCUAAAUUGUUUAUAAUCAUUUUCCCUCCAAUGGUAUUUUCAAUUAAAACUAUCUCUUUCUCAGCUAUUUGGGUCCACUUUAAUAAUAUACUAGCUCGUAAUAACAACAAUCCAUGGAUCAAGAAGGUGGCCCUAGUCAUGAUCAGCCAAAGUACAAAGGAGUUCGGUUGAGGAAGUGGGGGAAAUGGGUUUCUGAAGUCAGAUUGCCUAAUAGCCGGGAGAGGAUUUGGUUGGGCUCCUAUGAUACCGCUGAAAAAGCCGCAAGAGCUUUUGAUGCUGCUCAAUUCUGCCUCCGUGGGCCGAAAGCCAAAUUUAACUUCCCUGAUAAUCCGCCGAAUAUAUCCGGCGGACAAAGGCUUUCGCCUGCGGAGAUACAGGCUGUCGCAGCUAGAUUUGCGAAUGAUCACUCGCAGUCGUCAGUAGUACAGGAAAUACGGCCUGAUGAUCAUGAGGGUAAUAUGGGAAAUAUUAAUUCGCACGUGAUAAAUAUGGAGAAAGAGGAGAUUUCGCUAUCAUCAACUAAUUGUGAGGUUGUCCAAAUGGACACUAUUAGUAAUAAUAAUAAUAAUACUGUUGCGGCUGAAAUGGAUUGGGCUUUCUUUGAUAUGACCGAGAAUUAUUCAUAUCAUCAUGCUAGUGGGCCUCCACCUGAAUUUUUUUGUGAUCCAUAUCAUCCUGGAGGAGGAGGAGUACUGGAUUGUUUGUCAAGUAACCUCUACUCACCACCACAUUUUCCACAAAGAGCAACUCCUAAUUAUGAUGACGAUGAUAUUGGCAAUGGUGGCGAUGAACAUUAUUCUCAACAAUCCUUCCUCUGGAACUUUUAACUCUCUCUAUAUAUAUAGAUAUAUAUACUAGUACUGGAUUAAGCAGCAGCAUAUAUAUUAGUAUAUGCUAGCUGAUUUUUAUCCAAUGCUAAGUUCUGGGGAUAUGUACGUAGUAAACUAAUCCUUUCCAGUUUUCUAAUAAUAAUUUUUUUUUGCUGGAAAGGCGAUAUAUAGUAUAUAAGCCUCAUAUGAGUUUUUAGAGUUGUGGGAUAUAGAUGCAAGUUGCCAGCAAUGAUCAGCAGGCCUGCAUCGAUCAGUAAUAUCUUAAUGAAUAAGUUGUUGUUUUUAAUUUAAGAAGGAUUUACAUAUAUAAAGGACGAAGAAAUUUUCAGGAGUCUGUAUUAAUCACCAUCUUAUGUAUGAUCUUAAGAAGGUUUCAUUGAUGAU